GGAGCUCCAUCAUCCCCGCCGGGAACGGGAGCAUCACCCCGCUGCCGGGAACGGGAGCUCCAUCAUUCCCCCCGGGAACGGGAGCUCCAUCUCCCCUCUCCCUCACAGUCUCUGCCCCCAGGGUCCCCUUUGCCCCUUUUCUCUCCCCUCCCGGUGCUGUAGCUCAGCCCCCCCGCGUCCCACCACUGCAGGGUCUGGGAUCUUCUCGGGGUGUCAGCUCCCUCUUCUCCUUCCAGUCUCGUGUCCGGGGCUCCCCUGUCCCAACGCUCCUUCCCCAGUAAUUCUCCCUCUCUCUGGGAUCCCUGUUAUAACCCAUUUUCUUUGCUCCGUGCUGCCCUUCUCUCCAGCUUUAAGGUGUGGAGCUCUCCAAGACUUUCUUCCUUCCCUGGAAUUUGCCUCCUUGGGUGAGGGCUCUGCUUCCCUUCCCUCCCCACCACUGAGCUGUGAGCGCCCUUUUCCCUGCAGACUUGGAGAAAAGACCAGAGGGACCCUCUCCCAUGGCUGUACAGAUAAAUAUAUAUUUUUUAUAUACGUAUAAACCGCUUCGGCAGGUGGUUUGCCUAUGUGGUGGGCCCGAGGAGGCUUCCUCGAUUGUUGUCGCUGGGUUAAAUGUCAGUAAUAAGGCGUUUUGUGCCCUUUGUGGAGGUUUUGCCAACGUCUGCUGCUGCCUCAACCCUCGUGCUUGGGAUCUCCCGGCCGUGCAGAGGGAGCUCGUAUGGUUUGGGCGAUGUUAAAAGGUGAGCGUGGGGUGGAAGGGAGAAUCCCUGCUUCAGCCUGAUCUAUCUGGGGCUGCGCGUGCCAAAAAUAAGAAAGUAAAGCAAAAGUGAGUAAAAUAAAACCGCUGAGUCCGUGGUUUCUCUGGGUCGGCUUUUUCCCUGAGGAGACUCGUGGUUUCAGGGGUCAAGCUUGAGAAACGUUCACGGAUCUCCUUUUCUUAGAAAGCUCUGUUGCCUCUUAAAUGCAAACUGCUGUUUUUAUGGUAUCAGAUACCUAAUCUGACGUGGGUUUUUGCUUUUAGAGGGAGAAGACAAGGUAGGGGUAGGCAAGGAUGUAGGUGGCCACAAAGGAACUGGAGCUGGGCAGAUGAGUGGCUUAAAGCUGAGGAAGUUUCCUACUUGUGCUCUACCUGUAAGAGGUAAAUGUGUGAUAAAAUGAGAGAAAGUGGAGGCUGUUUGGUUUAUUUUAGUGUUUUUUUAGAUAUUUUUAAGAAGGAGGAUUCUUCUUGUGUGAUUUAGUCCUCUGUGUAAUUCCUUUACGUCACCUUGAUGUCAGGACCAUUAAAAAAAAAAUUAAAAAAAAUCUGAUUUCUGUCAAUAAAGGCAGCAGCAAAGAGGGCUCUGCUGGGCAAUCCUGGCCCGUUCCGGGUGCCUGCACUUUUCCUGGGAUCCCCCUCGGUUCUGUGCUCGGCACGGCUGUACCUUGACGAGGAAAAUCCGAGGAAAAAUCAGCUCUGGAGGCGACUGGGGCGGGGGUGUUAAGUGCUCCACCACGCUCCGGCACCGCUGGGCUCCAAGAAUUGCAUCAGAGGUGCCCGGUGAGAGCCCCUGGAGGAGGCUCAGAUCUGGGUUUCUUGUACUCUCCUUUUUAUUUAAAAAAAAAAAAAAAAAAGUACAGAAGCGAGGAAAAAAAGGUUAAAGCACAUAUUUGACUGACCCUGUGAUGGAAAGAAUCUUCCACCCCACCCAAAAGGAGACACUUUGCAACUAUUUUGAGUUCCCGGUUUCUUCCGGCUCCGGCAGCAGGUCCAGCGGAGGCGGUCGGAGGUUUCCAAAGGGUGAGUCCUUGGCCGGCGGCACCGCCGGCGUGCGGGGGAACCGCUGCUCGCCUGGCUCGGGGCCGCCCCGGCGCCAUGUGGAAUCACUUACUCCUCUGUAUUUAAUAUGCAAGUCAGAUGUGCUAUCGUGUACACGACGCCGGGACGCGGGGUUACGCUCCAAAGCAAUAAACAGAUACGACUGAUGGUCAGAGCAGGCUCUGCUCUUCGUGUCUCCCAGCUUCUCUUCGCCUGGAGCGGCAAAGCGAACCGGGGAGCCUCAGGCAGGGGCCGCUCCAGGCAGAGGCGGGGGGUUAAGCUGCGCUCUGUAAAUCUACGGGGCUCCCCCACGCAGGUGGGGGACGGAGUUUUUCGAGCAGACCAGCAUUUCCCUCAGAAAUGCAACCAAACAGCCUGAAAGCUGCCGAGAGUAAGAGCUCCGGUGUUUUUUUGAGCUGGUGGAGAGGCUUGUUUUACUUGCGGGCGUUUAGUAAUACCUUUAUUUACGCGUCGGGUUUCCCGUUAAACGCGACCUCCUGCACGGUGCAAAGAUCACGUCAUUUUUUUUUUUCAGCAUCUUCACCGGCGUUCCAGCCAGCCGGUCGUUCUUCUCUCUGCCCUCUCCCCAGCCUGAGCGCUGUGUUGUCUUUCGUGCUCCGUACAGGAUUAAAAUCCUUCAGGGUGCAGAAGGGUUCCCUCUUUCUAUAAAAGCAGAUUUAUUUUUUUUUUCUGAAGCGUUUGGGGGGUUUCAAUGAGGUGUUUUACUCUCUCGUCUCCUAAAACCAUCCUGUCUGCGGCAGCUGGGAGCGUUGAAUCCAGUCUGGGGAUAAAAAAAAAAGCUCUUUUGGAUGCGUCUCAGCUGUCUGACCUAUUGCUCCGGUCGCUAACGAAGUUGCCCAGCCGCCGUCUGGCACAGAGGAACCCUUGUUUUGGGCUGAAAACACAACUCCGUGCCCGUGCGCCCGUCGCAUGGCGUUUCCUCGUGAACCCGCUCUUAACGCCAGCUUCUCAGACUUCGCUAAAUUAAACUAAACUGUUAAUUCCUCUGAAUCUUCGGGGUAAUUCUGUGUGCCGUGAGAGUUUGCGUUGCCUGGCGCAGCUCAGCUUUUCCCUGCCGGUUUCUUGGGUGGUCGCUGCUGCGAAGGCUCGGUUGCCCCGUGCCAAAUGAGCCCUGAAGCCGUUAGUGAAUUGGGCAUUGUCUCCCCAAAUCUGUUGGGGAUUAUGUGCAUGACUGACGCUGUCCCUGGGUCGGGAAUCUGCCUGGCUGGAGAUGGGAAGGCUGUCUGGGUAUCGGUGCACUGGAGAACUGGCAGGGAACCCGGUAUUGUUAAGUCUUCAGUGGAAAAUUGCUCCUGUCUUGCAUGUUUCAUCAAAAAAACACACACACACAAAAAAAAACCCCAACAAAUUAAACUUGAAAAUAAUCCAGAGUGACUGCUUUAUGAACAAAUGCCCCGAAAAGCCUGUGGUUGAACGAGGAGGGAAAUGCUUAGCGAGGAACUACUGUGGUAGUGACUCCUCGCCUCGCUUCAUCUCGCAGAAAGCAAUAAAAACUAAAAGGCUCGAGCUCGCCGACUUCCUAAGAAGCCAAAAAAGUGACGGCGCUGGAUGGACAACCGAAAAACUAAGCCAAGGCGGCUUGGGAUGGGCUCGGCGUCGCGCGUGGCCUCAGCUUAACCUCCCUUGUCUGUCUCAGCCCGGGAGGCUGAGAGCAGCCGCCUGGUCUCGCUCGGUGCUCGGCCGCGGCGCUGAGGGCAGAGCUGCCGUGGGCAUUUUGGGGGUUAUCUUCUCGUUUUCGUGAGCGAGCUCGCUCUGGGGUUCGGGUUCUUUUAACCGCCCUGCCUUAGCGAGGAGUCGCUUUAAUCUGUUUUGCAGAUCGUCCCGCUUCAAAGCGAUCGCUGAGAUGAGCGAGGCUCAGAGCGGGAAGCGCUGGGGGGGGAGCUGAGGGCAGGCUCUCCCUCCAGCUGCCUCUCUGGCUUCAGCACGGAGAGGAGCUCAGAGCAAACUCGAUGGGACUUUGAGCGUUAGAUGCUACGAGUGAACGUCGUGGAGGCCCUCCAGGAAUUCUGGCAGAUGAAACAGUCGCGCGGGGCCGACCUGAAGAACGGAGCCCUCGUGGUGUACGAGAUGGUCCCUUCCAACAGUCCCCCGUACGUCUGCUACGUCACCUUGCCGGGAGGGAGCUGCUUUGGCAGUUUCCAGUUCUGUCCAACCAAGGCUGAAGCCCGGAGGAGCGCAGCGAAGAUUGCGCUGAUGAACUCGGUGUUUAAUGAGCAUCCCUCCCGGAGGAUCACGGAUGAGUUCAUUGAGAAGAGCGUUUCGGAGGCCCUGGCAUCUUUCAACGGCAAUCGAGAGGAAGCUGAUAAUCCCAACACCGGCAUCGGGGCUUUUCGCUUCAUGCUGGAAUCCAACAAGGGAAAAUCAAUGCUGGAGUUCCAGGAGCUGAUGACCGUCUUCCAGCUGCUGCACUGGAACGGCAGCCUCAAAGCCAUGCGGGAGAGGCAGUGCUCGCGGCAGGAGGUCCUGGCUCACUACUCCCACCGCGCUCUGGACGACGACAUAAGGAACCAGAUGGCCAUGGACUGGGUGAACAGGGAGCAGAACAGCCCCGGGGCCCUUUCCAGGGAGCUGGCUUCGACCGAGAGAGAGCUGGACGAAGCCCGCCUGGCCGGGAAGGAGCUGCGUUUCCAUAAGGAGAAGAAAGACAUCCUGAUGCUGGCGGCCGGCCAGCUGGGGAGCAUCCACUCCUCCAACUGCUAGACCGGGCGGCAAGUC